GGCCGGCGCCGCUCGUUUUGGCGCCAAGCGGGAGCGCGCGCGGCCCAAGGUGGGGGUGUGGCGCGCGCGUGCCCCGCCAUCGCCUCCGGCCGCCAUCGCCUCAAGCCCGCGGUGGCGGUGGUCGGUCGUGCUCUGGAGCUUGUGUCCUGCUCAGCGUGUCCUUCUCCCUGGGCGCAGCUUUGGGAGGGAGUGAGGAUGAGGAAGGUUGCCCGGUGUGGGCGUACGCAAUGGCUGCCCACGUCUCCUCAGCAAACCUGCUGAGCCGGGCAGGACCCCGCCUCCUUCAGUGCGGGGCAGACUGGGCCGGGCGCUGUGGUGAAGGGGCGCGUUGAAAAGUUCGGUGGCUAGUGGUGAGGGCGGCUAAAAUGUGUGUUUUAAUUUAAAAAAAAAAAAAUCAGUGCAGAGCGCCGGGGGCCUAGGAAGGAGUCUCAAUCCGUGUCGGCACUAGGAAGUGACAGGAUGGGCCGCUGACUCCUCCUGCCCUCAGGGAAACAUUAACUUGGAGUUCUGCUGUUCGUUGGGGUAAAACAGGUUAGAGAGUACCUUGCAGAACAUAGCCUGCGGCUAGACAGGUGCACAGGACAAUGCAAAUCCCAAUUUUUACAGUUGAUGCAUUUACAAACCGGCCAUUUUCUGGAAAUCCUGCGGCAGUUUGUCUGCUUGAAAAUGACUUGGAUGAAGAUUUGCACCAAAAAAUUGCAACAGAAAUGAACCUUUCAGAAACAGCUUUCAUCAGAAAACUGAAACCUGAAGAUGACUUUACCAAAAGUUCCUGCUUUGGGCUCAGAUGGUUCACCCCAGCCAAUGAAGUUCCUCUUUGUGGUCAUGCAACUCUUGCAUCAGCUGCUGUGUUAUUUCACGUACAAAAAAAUACAAAUUCAGUUCUCACAUUUGUGACACUGAGUGGGGAAUUAAAGGCCAGACAAGCGAAAGAUCAUAUUGUCCUGGACUUGCCGCUUUACGCAGCCUACCCCCAGGAACUUAAGGAAGUAGAAGAAUUAAUAAAGGCAGCCGUUGGUGACAUGAUUGUUCAAGAUCUCUGUUACUCUCCUGACACAAAGAAACUCUUAGUCCGCCUCAGUGAUACUUACGAAAGGUCUGUGUUGGAAGAAUUGAAAGUGAGUGCACAACACUUUUUGUCAGCUGAAAAGACUGGAAAAGUGAAAGGACUCAUACUCACUGUUAAGGGAAAUUCCAGUGGAAAAGGCCAUGAUUUUUACUCCAGAUAUUUUGCACCUUGGUAUGGAGUUCUGGAAGACCCUGUUACAGGAUCUGCACAUGCUGUUUUAAGCAGCUACUGGUCAGAGCAGCUGGGGAAGAAGGAAAUGCUUGGUACUGAAUUUUUGCUAGGUAAUCUUUGUGUGUGUGAAAGUGAAGCUGCAUCAAAUAUGAAAACCUGUAAAUCCAGUCACCUGGACUCAGGUGUGGAGUCAGACACGCAGUGCCGAAGUGGAGCAGGCUGUGUUGUGAAGUGCAGUUCGGAAAGGAUGGAGAACGCUGCCAAGAGAAGACUGGCUGCCAAUGCCCGCGAGAGGAGACGGAUGCAAGGACUGAACACAGCCUUUGAUCGCUUGAGAAAGGUCGUUCCACAGUGGGGUCAAGAUAAGAAGCUGUCCAAGUACGAGACUCUUCAGAUGGCUCUGAGCUACAUCAUGGCUCUCACCAGGAUCCUUGCCGAAGCUGAAAGGUACAGUACUGAGCGAGAGUGGAUUAGCCUGCACUGUGAGCACUUCCAUGCCGACAGCUACCACCACUACACGGCACAGAAACCGGCCGCGGACAGCGAUCCUUAUGCACAGAGGGUGUUCAGCUACCACCCUGAACACUUCCAAAUGGCUAAUUAGAACUUGUUGCCAGCUAAGAAUAUGCAGCAGGCCAGAUGUGUAAUUUAAUAAUUAGCAAGAGUUAAUCUGCUUGACUAAGGUAAUAUUGGCAUUAUAAUAGCUCAUUCUUGUUUGCAUCUUAUAGUAAUUUGACAAAAUAAAUUUGCUCUGAGAACAUAAAAUCAAAAGGCAUUUAAGAUGAUUGAAUUUAGUUAAUGCUGGUGGAAAUCGUACUUUUAAUUUUAAAUAUUUCUGACAAUUGUUUCCUAGUUUAUCACAUGUAAUAGAUGCUUUAAUUAAAUAAGGUUUUGGUCGUUUUUUUACGGUGAUGAGUCAUGACAGUAUUUCUACAGAUCAUGGGACAAGUUGACCCAUGCUGUAACUGAAUGGAAUAGCACCAGAAAUGAACUUCAUUCCAUGUUUUUAUGUCAGCUUUAAAGUUGUUCUUUAGGUUUUUUUCGCAUAAAUGGUUCACCUGGAAAAACUUUUAUAAUGUGUUGGAGUUCUGGUCCUCAGAGAACUAACUUUCUUAAACUUUGUAAGUUUGACAUAUGGGUUCCGAAGUUGUGUAGGUUUGCUUUAAUCCAAUUUAUGGUGUCUCUUGUAUGCUCGAAAAAGAGCUAGUUUCAAGUAAUGGAAGGAAUGUUUUAUUUUCAAUGGUUGUAAAAACACGUGUGAUUAAAUACCAUAAAUGAGAAUGCUUGCGUGAAAAUAAUCUAAGCUUCUAGAUUUUUGUAGGCUUUAAAUGAUGGGAUUUUAUUUUCUAAUCUUGUGUUAUCUGGAAACAAUAACAGAUUUUGUAAAUCAUAAAUAAAGUGUUUUCUAUGCUAUGUCCUCACCAAA